UCAUGCAUGGAUGUGUAAUUGUUUCUCACCUGGUGCUGCUUGUUAUUCUCUGCAGUAAGGUGAUCCAGGUUUCAUUGACUUUGAAUGCGACAUUCGACCGCAUCAUGCAGAGGAAGGACAACUUUAUUGGCAAACUGAAGAUGUUCCUGGCGAUGCAAUUUGGCCUCCCAGCAAAUGCCAUGAGGGAUUUCAAGCUGCGCAGGGGAAGCGUCAUUGUUGAUUUCAAGGUGUCGAGCGAUGCAACCAGUGAUGUCAAUGUUGAGGAUGCCGUUGACAUGAUGGAAACUGAGGUGUCCAUGGGUAGGUUUGGCUUUGUGUAUGAGGGUGAGGAAGUGCAGGCCAAGCCAGACUCUUUCCAGUCUGCACCCUUGGAGGAAAUGCCAGGCAUGGCAGCAGCAGGACCUGUGUACAGUGCCAUCGGUGUCAUGGCUGGCAUAGUGAUCAUGAUCAUGUCAUCUCUGUGAUGUACGUAUCUGAGGAAACUGGAGAACCUGGAAUUCAACUUGUAUGACAAUGCUUCCAACUGUAAAACAUACAAAGCCUUAAUGUAGAAUUAUUGCUUAAAGUUCAUAAUGUAUGUCCCUAUAUUCCAUACACAUGUAAAGCAUUUAAUGGAUUUUCAUCAGCAGAUGAACUAGCGAGAGAACUGUGUUUUUGUAAAAAAAAGAAGAAAAAAAGGAAAGCACCAGUCCAAUAAUGAAGAAAUCAAUACAGAAAAAAAACAUUGUUUCAUCUGUUUUUGAUUAUGAGCCAUUUUUGUUUUUGAUUCAUAGGAACGCUCAUCACUUUAUAAUAAUGCUAAAAAAAACACCUCAAAUUUGAACAUUUGUUUUCGGGACACAACCAGAGUUCAUCAACAUUGUACCCUUAAAUCAUUAAUAAUUACAUUUUUAUGGAAUUGCAGCAAGAGCCCUAUAAUAGAACAAAUAUAUACAAAAAAUAAAAUAGUAAAACUUAUGGAAUUUCAGCAAGAGCCCUAUAAUAGAGAAAAAUAUAUAUGAAACAGUAAAACUUUUAGUAUAGUACGUAGUUCAUGAAUUAUAUUAAAUACUUAUAAAAUAUUGUGAUAUUUUGUGUAGAAAAAAGGUAUCAGUACUCAAUUUGAAAUGUUAUUCUUUUUAAGGUGAUAUAUUUUUAAAAAGAUUUAUGUUUUUCAUUAAGACGUUCAUGUGAGGCGAAUAGUUACUUCUGUAUUAAAACUUACAAAUACCCUCUGACAAGUGCGUGACUACAUCAAAGGAAAAGGAAAAAUAAAGUGCAUUAGUUUCAUGUCUUCUGCUCCAAGAGAAAACUGCAUUGAUUUUUCGUGACUUUUCUCCAGGAUUUGUCAUCUGAUGGAGAGAAACACAAGAAAAGCUGUAAAUAAUUUGUCAUGGACUUUUAUGUAACCAAUGUACGUUUAUCUUUUUACGAAAACCUACGCUGUAGGCCUAUUAAUUAUGUAAAGAUCAGAGUUCCUGCGGCCUAGAAAAAAAUCUUGGGAAAGUCGUGGAAUUAUAUUUUCAAUUUCCAGGCCUGGACAAAAUUGAUCAAAACGACAAAAGUCAUGGAAUUUUGGGAGGACCAAUUUAUUUUAGAUUUUGAAUGUUGGAAAUUCUAAAUUUAGCAUUGGACAUUAUUACGCCCGUCAAAAUCCGGCAAAUGCCUCUAAUACAAGCGUUUUCAUUUCAAAAGACAUGCUUUACUUGGUUGUUUUCUGUUUCUGUUGAGCACUUUCCUGAGUACAAUUAACAUUUUGCAGUUUCGAUGAUUAACUAGGUCAUGAAUUUUUUUUAUAAUUUGGUCAUGGAAAGGGCAUGGGAAAGUUAUGGAAUCAUUCAUAUGGCCUUAAUAAGGCGCAGGAACCCUGAUAGAUCUUAAGGUGUGGGAAAUAUAGGUAUUAUUAUGUAUCCGUUUAUAAUUAUGAAGCAUACCUGUUCAUCACUUUAAUACUUUAAUUUGUUAGAAUAUUCAAUACAUGUAGUACAAAAAGGUCAACAACAAAAACAUUGAAGGACAUGAAUGGGAUACUGUUGGACGUUUCUGUGCAUUGUGUGUAGGAAAACCCUGGAGGUAUGUGACGAAAUCUGGGAAGGAGAAAUAGAUUUUCUAAGGCAUGAUUUUUGAAAUGUUGGCAUGGUUGGGGCACAACAAUUUAGGGGGGGGGGGGUCUUAACAUGCAAAAACCUCGGGAAGAUUGGAGAGGGUAUUAGGGCGAAGAUAAGAGGCUGGUCCCAAUCUCCUUUAUGAAAAAUACAAAAUAUAAACUUAUCCAUUCCCACCUCGAAGAUGUCAGUUUCAAAACUGGUAAUAGUUGUCGCCCGUUUAGUAUCAACUUUUUUUUUAAUUUGAGACUUGAAUUGAGUUAACCGAAUUUUAGUUGAAUGAAUAUGAUAAAAAAAAAUGCAAUGCAAAUAACAGUGUAUGCCUUUAGUAGAACUGGAAGAGAAAGGCACGUUUUCCAUAGACACUUCAAAUUGAAAAUAUUCAGCACUUUAUAGAAGAACCAAAUGUAACCUGAACUCUUUGCCUAAAGUUUAGAAAAUAUACAUAUAUUUUUUUAAUUUUGUACCUCUUAGAACUAAUAAAGGCUUUGGCAUAUGUCAUGAGA